GUCUGUCAGUGUUAUUUAAUAGCUUCAUUAGGCAAGACAAGUUUUAUUUGUCUGCAAAAGUUUUGGCUGAAUUGAUAUUUAGGUACCUGUUGUUAACUUGAAUAAAUUACCAAUAGAACAAAGUGUGUCGAAAUAUUCAACAUAUCUGUGACAAAAACUUUAUAUUCCACAAGCAAAAAAUGUCGAAGGUAGUUUUCUUAGUUUUCGUAUGUUUGGUCGUAAUAGUCAAUGCUGACACCAAAACAAAACAAUGUAAAGGUUUUCGGCCAUUACAACCCUCUGAGGUCGAUGUUUCCAAUUGUGCAGGUGGAAUAUGCAGACUGAAGCGAAGAACAAAAGCCACAAUUACGUUGAAAAUCAAACCUGAUAGAGAUAUUAAAGAUCUCACGACAAGUGUUCAAGCUUCUAUUGGACAAUUUUAUGUGCCUUUUGUUGGUGUUGAUGGUACUACAGCUUGCAAUAACAUAUUCGAUGAAUCAGGAAAGAAAACAAGUUGCCCUCUUAGAAAAGGUCAAACUUAUAUAUAUAAGAAUUCAUUUGAUGUUCUUGAGUUAUAUCCCAGAAUACAACUUGUUGUGCGCUGGGCUUUAAAAUCGGGAAAUGCUGACAUAAGUUGCUUUGAAAUCGAUGCAAGAAUAGUUUAAAUAUUAUAAGAUGUAUGUACAUAAUUUGAAAAUUAAUUCCAAUAAAAAAUAUUAGUUUUUAACAGCUUGUUUUGAAUAUAAAUACAUAUUUUAUUAAAAGUUUUUCAUAAUUAAACAAAAAAGUAUGUUAAUGUUAUUUUUCUGUUAGUUAAUCAUGAAUAAAUAAAUAAAUAAAAUUAAAUGAAAAUAUCUACAUUUUGUAUAUUAAGCCUUUAAUUUACCUUUAUACGCUUUUUCUGAUAGCGAAGAAGUUAUCAUCAUCAGAAGAUCGAUUCAUACUACUGAUAAUCUUUUAAUAUAAUUCAGU